GGUAUGAUUGGGAGAGGGCGUGGCAGAGGGAAACCGCCCCCGACUUCAGAUCUUAACCCGGGAGCAUCGGUGUUCCAACCCGCGAGUCUUUCGCCUGCUUUUGUGCCUGGCGGCGGCGGGGAUGGUAAGGCGGGGCUUCCGUCCUUAUCUGAUCUGUCAAUAUCCUCCAACUGGCAACUGCAGUCGGCAUUCGGCGCAUACACUUCUAAUUCGCAGCAAAACUCAGCUCCACAGCCGGAAACUUUCGGUAGCAAUAACAAUUCGUCAAACGGAUUUCAACCAUUUUCAAACAGCGACAACAACUCGAGUAGUUUUGAUCCGAAUGAUGAUGUUGAAAACAAGGCAGACACUUCCUUGUUAGCUAAAUUAGUCUCUUCAGGACUGAAAUGGGUGGAUGAGAACAAUGUCACAGUCACUGACCAGAGAAAAGAUAAAAGCAACCCCCUUUUCGGCCAAGUUCUUUCAUUCCAAGAAUUAAACCUCAAGCAUGAAAUUGUGAAAGCACUGCAAGAUAUGAAGUUUGUUCGUCCCUCGGCUAUUCAGAGCAAGGCUCUCCCUAUUUUACUGUCUGAGCCACCAAACCACAUGAUUGCACAGAGCCAGUCGGGAACUGGCAAAACUGCGGCUUUUGUGCUGGCUACUUUGUCAAGAAUAAAUGUUGAUGAAAGACACCCUCAGGCAAUCCUUUUGAGUCCUACUUAUGAGCUGGCGAAGCAGACAGGCGAAGUGGUGGAAACCAUGGCUAAAUACAUGGACCAGUUCACCAUGCGAUACGCAGUCAAAGGAGAAAGGGUCUCCCGAGGGGAUGUGGUGUCAGACCACGUGAUCAUUGGGACUCCAGGCACAGUGAUGGAUUGGGCUCUGCGCUUCAGAGUAUUCGACAUCACAAAAAUCAAAGUGUUUGUGUUGGACGAGGCUGACAUCAUGAUAGAUGCACAGGGACACCAAGACCAGUCUGUGAGGAUCCACCGAGCCCUCAGCAAAGAGAUCUGCCAGAUGAUGUUUUUCUCCGCCACUUUCUCUGAGGAUGUCAUGGAGUUUGCUAACAGAAUUGUGAGUGACCCCGUGCUGAUUAUGUUGAAACGGGAGGAGCUGUCCCUUGACAGCAUCAAACAGUAUUACAUCAUAGUGAACAACGCAGAACAGAAGCUAGACUACCUCUGUGCUCUCUAUCGUGGAAUAAGUGUUGGAGCUGCCAUCAUAUUCUGUCACACAAGGAAGUUCUCAGAACAUGUAGCGGCUAAGAUGCGGGGUCAGGGCAUGUCUGUGGCCAUGUUGAAUGGAGACCUGGAUGUGUCCAGUCGAGUGGCAGUGCUGAACAGAUUCAAAGAGGGAAGAGACACGGUCCUCAUCACCACAAAUGUCUGUGCCAGGGGAAUUGACAUUGACCGCGUAUCUCUCGUCAUCAACUUCGACUUACCACUCAACGACAAAAAACAACCAGACAUGGAGACUUAUCUGCACAGAAUAGGACGUACUGGGAGAUUUGGAAGGAAGGGAAUGGCCAUUAACAUGGUGGAGCCGAGACACCUGCAACACAUUGAAGCCAUCGCACAGCACUUUGGCAAACCCAUCAGACGAUUGUGCGAAGAAGAUAUUGAGUCUCUAAACUGAAACUGUUUUAACGGCAACUGACAUUUUUGUAAGAAUCUGAUGUAGUUUGAUUUAUUAUUCAAUGAUUGAUAAAAUGUUAAAGAUAUUUUGUUCGGUUACAGAAACGGCUGGAAUUGCUGACUUGAAACAAACAAAAAAUCAGCAAACUGAAAUGAUUUAAAUAUUUUUCUCGCUGUUUUGAAACUGUUGAUUUAAACUUUAUUGUGGAUGUUAUUCCUUCCAUUUCGAAAUUUAGUUUAUAAAGUACG